GCUCCCCGCAAGAGGCAGCAUGGUCUGGGGGCACCAUGGGGCCCGACAGAGUGACGGCGCGGGAGCUGUGUGAGAACGACGACCUGGCCACCAGCCUGGUGCUGGACCCCUACCUGGGCUUCUGCACCCACAAGAUGAACGUCAGCCCCGUGCCGCCUUUGCGGCGACAGCAGCACCUGCGCUCAGCGCUGGAGGCCUUCCUGAGGCAGCGGGACCUGGAGGCUGCGUUCCGGGCCCUGACGGGGGGCGGCUGGAUGGCCCACUACUUCCAGAGCCGGGGUCCCCGGCAGGAGGCCGCGCUCAAGAGCCACAUCUAUAGCUACCUCCGCGCCUUCCUGCCCGAGAGUGGCUUCGCCAUCCUGCCCUGCACCCGCUACUCCAUGGAGACCAACGGGGCCAAGAUCGUGUCCACCCGCGCCUGGAAGAAGAACGAGAAGCUGGAAAUGCUGGUGGGCUGCAUCGCAGAGCUGCGGGAGGCCGACGAGGAGCUGCUUCGGGCCGGCGAGAACGACUUCAGCAUCAUGUACUCCACCCGCAAGCGCAGCGCUCAGCUCUGGCUGGGCCCCGCCGCCUUCAUCAACCACGACUGCAAACCCAACUGCAAGUUUGUGCCCACAGACGGGAACGCCGCGUGCGUGAAGGUGCUGCGGGACAUCGAGCCCGGCGACGAGGUGACGUGCUUCUACGGCGACGGCUUCUUCGGGGAGAAGAACGAGCACUGUGAAUGCCACACCUGCGAGAGGAAAGGCGAAGGCGCUUUCAGGCUGCAGCCGCGGGAGCCCCCGCAGACCCGUCCCCCCGACAAGUACGAACUGCGGGAGACCAAACGGCGGCUGCAGCAAGACCCGCGGGCCCCCCGGACCUGCGCACACCAGUCCCUGCAGUCUGGCCGCCAGGACUCUUGCCUGGCCUGCCAGUCGCUCCGCACCCCGCCCUGCAGCUCCUGCCCCGAUGCCUCCCCGCUCUGGCUCCAGUGGCUGCCUCAGCCCCAGCUCAGGACACGUCCCCGGAAACGCCGGCGCCCCCAGUCCCGGCGAGCCUCCGUGGCGCUCCCCGUUCUCCCGGAAGCCCAAGUUUCCCUGCACCCCUGGGCGGGGUGCGGGCCCCACUGCCGCCUGCAGGCCGAGGCCCGGGUGAUGCUCCACCGAAUGUCGGCCCCGCAGCACGACUGGCACUGGGCUCGGCGCUACGGGCUGCCUUAUGUGCUGCGAGUAAACCUGAGCCGGGCAACGGUGCCGCUGCCCCCUGCGCCCACGCCCGCCAGGGCCCCGGUACCCAUGCCUGUGCCCAAACAGGCUCUGGCCUUCGCCCCCUUCUCCCCACCCAAGCGCCUGCGGCUGGUGGUUAGCCAUGGCUCCAUCGACCUGGACGUCCACGGUGAGGGGCCUUGACGGCCACACAGGGAGGUCCCCCAGGAAAGCGGCUCCUCCUGGUGCCCCUGAAGUCACUCCAAGAAGCUCACCCUGCCCCCAAGACCGUGGUGCCCCCCUGAUCGCCUGUGACUGCCGACCCUGAGCCUGCAGGGAGCCCUGGCCAGCGAGCAAAGCCAUAGGGGUGGGCCCAUGGGGGGCUGAGGGUGCUCCCUCAACAGUCAGGGGGCAGGGCCAGUGUGUCGGGGUGUGCCACCACCCAGGCAGGUCUCAGGGAGGCCGUGUGACCUCAUCCUUUCAUGGUGCUGCCCCUGGUGCUACUGGGGUGUGGGGGUACCCUGCCCUCCCCCACACCAGAAGGCCGGGGAGGGGGCUUGGAAGCACUUGAACUUUUAUUUUAUUAAAACCUUGUUAUAAUAAAUAAAAAAAUGAAAGUUAAAAA